AUGGAGAAGUGCUUUUGUCCCGUUCCCAGACUCCGGUCCACAUCAUUCCGCACGGGCUUGUCUCUGGGCACUGUGUUUCUGCUGCAGCCUGCCCGUGUGCUGGACUGUGGUCCGUGUUACAUGCUGGGUUCACAGGAUGUGAUCAUUGAUCACCUCUCGACGGGACAAUACCCUCCCCUUCGCCCCUAUCCUUUGCCAGCAGUGCCCAGUCCACAGAGCCAUCAAUACACCCCCUCCCCCGUCAGUGAGGGGUGA